AUGAGUAACAAUAAAGAUUCUGAGAAUCUUCAUUUUGAUCUGAACACUGGAGCUAAGAUUCCAUCGGUUGGCCUUGGAACAUGGCAUGCUGAACCAGGUGUGGUCGGGCAAGCUGUCAUUGCCGCAGUGAAGAAUGGCUACAGGCAUAUUGACUGUGCAUCAGUUUAUGGUAAUGAAAAAGAGAUAGGGGUCGCUCUGAAGGAACUAUUUUCUACUGGUGUAGUGCAUCGCAGUGAAAUCUUUAUAACAUCUAAGCUAUGGUGCAGUGACCAUGCACCAGAAGAUGUCUCUACAGCACUAAGCAAGUCUUUAGAAGACCUACAGCUUGACUAUAUCGAUCUAUACCUUAUUCACUGGCCGAUUCGUACAAAGCCUGGCUCAAAGGGUUUGACUCCGGAAGUCAUGGCUCCAUUGUGUCUUCCAGAGACAUGGAAUGCAAUGGAAGGCCUGUACGCAUCCGGUCAGGCACGUGCAAUUGGUGUGAGCAACUUCUCCACAAAGAAGCUGCAAGACCUCCUUAGUUAUGCAAAAGUUCCACCUGCAGUAGAUCAAGUUGAGUGUCAUCCUGUCUGGCAACAACAUUCUCUCCACAAUUUGUGCAAAUCAACUGGCAUUCAUUUAUCAGCAUAUUCUCCUCUCGGUUCUCCAGGGACUUGGGUGAAGGGGGAAAUAUUGAAGGAACCACUAUUGGUGGAAAUUGCUGAAAAACUUCAGAAAUCACCAGCACAAGUAGCACUUCGUUGGGGAAUUCAGAGUGGACAUAGUGUUCUUCCAAAAAGCGUAAACGAAUCAAGGAUCAAGGAAAAUCAAAGUUUAUUUGACUGGUGCAUACCUCCAGAGCUUUUCUCAAAAUUCUCAGAAAUUCACCAGCAAAGGCUCCUCCAUGCUGAUUUUGCAAUCCAUGAGAGCUGUGGUCCGUAUAAAAGCCUUGACGAACUGUGGGAUGGUGAAAUUUGA